CAUCAUUGUGUUCUCAUGUAUUUGUUUCCACUUUAGAAUAUAAUCAUCCUAUUUGUUAAUAAGUAUGUAUUCUCUUUUCCCCAGACAGAACAAUGUCUCUUCGUAACGUCUUGGAUCAACGUGGGCUGAAAAGAUUCAGUUUCCUCCGCUUUGGCUGGAUUUUCUUCUUGUCAUUAAACCACCAAGUGUUCUCACAAAAUGGCACGGAGUUUGUGGCAUUGGAACAACCUUCAGGCACCAUGUUCGGGUACUACAGCACUUCGGUAACAACAAGGUCGCUCUUCGACUGCGCCAUUUCCUGCAAGCUGGACACAUCUUGCAGCUCCAUUUUCUACAACGACAGUCAAUGUGUGAUAGUGAGAUACGUCAGAGACAAUCAGACGGUCCUUCCUCCGAUCGUCAACCCAUCCGCCUUCAACGGUUUCGCUCACUUCGAGAAGUCAGGCUUUUCUGAUUCGACGACUUCUCUCUUUUGUUCUUACACCUGGGUUGAUGUGGUUCAGAAAUGCAUUCAAGUCGUCGAUGGGACGAUGACAGACUGGGAGAGUGCCCGACUUACCUGCCAAGAAAACUCUGGAGAUCUCUUGUGCUUGUCUCAUGGGCAGUUCGAGGAUUUCCGUCAGUACUUGGAGACGGAAUAUGGUCUUCCUGCGACGCUGCAUAUUGGUCUUCAGUACAUGAGUUCUUUCCAGGAGUGGCAGUGGGUGUGUACCAACACUGCCUUGUCCGACACAAUAACCUCUGGCGGUCAACCUCUGACAGCAGGAAACAAUGACCAAUACGCUUUCCUCAACAGCUUUGACAACUACUUUGCUCUUUCACAGUACACUUCUGAGAAUCUUCAAUUUGGGUAUAUUUGCCAGUACUAAUUCAUAUUGAUAUACAGAAAAGUGGGAAGACAUGGAAUAACAUCAAGAGGCUAGCCCAGGAUAGA